AUGCAAUUUGCCAAGACAGUGUACGAGGCAGACAGUGCCAGCAGCAUCCGCUUCCAAGGAACAUAUACUAAUGGAGGAGUGGACACUGACCCCGGCCUAUACUGGGUCGACAACUUGUUCAAGCGGGAUGACAGCCUCUACUGCUCCAAUGUGUCUGCAAAUGCCGAUUGUAUUGGGCUGCUUCUGGUGAGUCGAGAUGCAGCUGACCUGGUGUUGUGA